ACCGAGGCCGGGCCUCGUUCUUCAAAGUCGCAGCACGGAAUUCCAGAACUCAGUUCUGCGCGGUUCCUCUGCCCGCGGCCGCGUCCCCGAAGUGGGUGUCCCCCGUGGCCUCUAGUCCGCUCCGCUCUCCGGGCACGUACCCCGCGCGCCCCCCACCCGGCCAUGUCGUCCUGCAGCCGCGUGGCGCUGGUGACCGGGGCCAACAAGGGCAUCGGCUUCGCCAUCGCGCGGGCCCUGUGCCGCCAGUUCUCGGGGGACGUGGUGCUCACGGCGCGGGACCCGGCGCGGGGCCGGGCGGCCGUGCAGCAGCUGCAGGCCGAGGGCCUGAGCCCGCGCUUCCACCAGCUGGACAUCGACGACCUGCAGAGCAUCCGCGCCCUGCGCGACUUCCUGCGCAAGGAGUACGGGGGGCUCAACGUGCUGGUCAACAACGCGGGCAUCGCCUUCAAGUUUGAUGAUCCCACGCCCUUUGACGUUCAAGCGGAGGUAACUCUGAAGACAAACUUUUUUGCCACGAGAAACGUCUGCAACGAAUUGCUGCCCAUAAUAAAGCCUCAUGGCAGAGUGGUGAACAUCAGCAGUCUGCAGGGCUCCCGCGCUCUGGAGCAGUGCAGCCAGCCCCUGAAGGAGAUGUUCUGCUGCGAGACCCUCACAGAGGGGGACCUGGUGGAGCUCAUGAAAAAGUUUGUGGAGGAUGCGAAAAAUGAAGUGCAUGAGCGGGAAGGCUGGCCCAACUCGGCCUACGGGGUGUCUAAGCUGGGGGUCACGGUCUUAUCCAGAAUCCUGGCCCGGCGUUUGGAUGAGAAGAGGAAAGCCGACAGGAUCCUGCUCAAUGCCUGCUGCCCCGGGUGGGUGAAGACAGACAUGGCUGGGGAUUUCGGCUCCAGGACGGCGGAGGAGGGGGCAGAGACCCCGGUCUACUUGGCCCUCCUGCCUCCGGAUGCCACCGAGCCUCAGGGCCAGCUGGUCCGGGACAAAGUGGUCCAGAACUGGUGGCUAUCUGCUAUGGGGUUCACUCCUUAAUAAAUGUGGCCGGCGAACGGG